CCACACAAAAUAAUUAUUAUUUUGGAGAGUUUAACUCUCUGAAAGCAAAGUUUUGUAUUGCAUUUUAAGUACUGUUUUAUAUUUUAACCCAAAUAGGGUCAUUUUUGCAGUCAUCGCAAAAAUCUAUAUCUUUCACAAAGGGUGGAAGAGCUGAAUAUGCUGCAAAACUUGGAUUCCCAAACAAUGGGAAAUAUCCAGAAGAAAAUAUAUUUGCAGACUGGGUGGCAUCUGUUGUAGACAAUCCACUGUUAGUUGAAUUUGAGGUAAGUUAGUAAUUUCAAAUAUACAUAGUGGUUUUCAUUGCAUAUUAUAAAAUAAAGUAUACAUUUUAUUUUCUCAGAGAUUCUGCUAUACUAUUUGUUACGUUCAUUUUUAAUGACUGCAUUUUUCCAGAAAAAAAAAAAACAUGUGCAGUGCUGCAGGAGCACACUAUUAGGGAUGGAUCUACUCCCCUUUUCCCCACAAAACUAGUGUCCUCAAUGCUAGCUAAUCUAAUUGAUGAAUGUGACUAGGUGGAUGGUGGGAUGAUAAGUGGGACAGAGCUGAGAGAGGCUAUGUUUGUGUGUAUGUGUAUGGAGGCUGCUUGUUGUUGUAUGUUUGUGGGAAGCUGUUUGUGGGGUGCAUGUCUGGGGGUGGAAUCUUGCUGUUUUGCAUUUGUGGUUGUAGUGGAGGAAAAGGGGCUGUAGAGGGAGGAUUAGGUCUGUAGCAGAGGAAUAGGGGCUGAAGUGGGGGAUAGUAGCUAUGGUGGGGGGUAAUGGUUAUGGUAGGGGGAGUGGCUAUACUUGAAUGACAGGGGCUGUGGUGAAGGGAAAGGGACUGUAGUUGGGUGACAAGGGCUGUAGUUUGGUAACAGGGGCUGUUGUGGGAUGUACUGUAGUGCGGUAACAGGGGCUGUGGUGGGGUGAUAAGUAUCUUCCCCUCUCCCAGGGAGGGGUGGAAUUAUUUUCCCUAUGGUAUAGUGGGAGAUGAAGUAAGUCUGCACCCCCUUGCUGGUGCCAGGACAUGUAUCAGAUCAUUGUAGUGGUAACCUGCGGUAAUGCUCCAAUAUAGUACAGAGGCUUUCCAUCCCUGUGUCCGUCCCCAUGUGUUUAUUUCAAUGUACUGGGUUUUGCACAGUCCUCAUGCUAAGGUGUUAUUCACCCUGAUUAUUCCAGCUUUGAAAACUCAAUCAAAUUAAUAUUAAUAUUGCUUUUAUGUAUAACAAUAAUAUUGCUUUUAUUUGCCCCUUCCCCUCUGACACAUUUGUCAUCUGUCUUUGUUUUGACAUCAUUGUUAAAACAUGCCCUUUCUUUUGAUAAAAACAAGAUACAGACCAGUGACAUACCAUUCCUUUGAUGCAAAGUAGCUACAUCAAAACCAAUCACAGUUCUGACGCAUGUGCACAUCUGCCAUUAGGUGCAGUAAAAAGAUUACAAAGCUACAGAAAUAUACCAUACUUUAAAAGGUCAUCACCGCCACAGUAUUACUUUAAUUUAAUGAGUAUUUUGAGUAUUACAGUGUAUUAUUACCUGAUUUGUUUCUCAUUAGCCCAAUUUUCCUUGUAACCUUCAUUAUAAGGAAUUUACUGGAUUCACGGAGGCUACCAAACAAUUGCUUUCACACCUGUAUUUCUGUCAAAGAAAUCCUGGAAAGUAUUCGUUAUGGCAAAAUAUUUCUUAAAUGUCUUUCUUUUUUAAAUCUUGCUUUAAAAGUAUAACAAGAGUUUAUUUUACAUAACUUAUAGUAUUGUUUACUUUUUACUGCCAAACUCACAAUUCUCUUUAAUAAGAGUCAAUGUUUUGUGUUUUUUGUCUUCAAGUUGGCCCCAAUUCUUGAUUUAAUAAGUGGAUUUCCAUGCUCAGUAACAAAGAAACGGAACCUCCUGAAAGCUUUUGAUACCUAUAUGGGGAGGUUUGACCCAUGUAAAUGUUCGCCAUGCCCCAACAAUGCCAGGGCAGUUUUGUCGGGCAAAGAAUGCCUCUGUAUUUGUGGAACUGGGACCUACGGUGAAAGCUGUGAAAAGCGAGCACCGGAUUACAGUUCAGGUACAUGAAUAAUGUAUAUUCCAUAUAUGUGAUUACGAUCAAAACUAAGUUAAAUUUUAUCAACAACACUAUACCAUAUGGUUAAAUGGACAAAUGUUUAAAAUAAACUUCAGUUUUGUGACCACAUAGAAGAUUUUGUUUUAGGGAUAGAUUAGUCUAUCCCUAUUUUCUUGUAUCUUAAACUGUGGUUUCACUACCACUCCCAUAAUUGUACUCAAGCCUUUGCAGCCAAAAUUAGCUAAAAAGCUGUUGUUGAACACUGUUAGUUUAAGCUAAGCAAAUUCAAAUAAUAAUAAACUCAAAUAAUAAAGGAGUUAAAUUUUGCUCAGGUGGAGGUAGAUAUCAUUUAAGAAGCCACUGAUGUGUGCACUGUAACCAAAAUAUGCUGGUAUUUUCUGGAUCGAUAGAGCUAUCUAAUAUUUCUGUCUUUUUUUAUGCAUGUAAAGCUGUUGUUGAUGGUUCGUGGAGUUGCUGGUCCCCAUGGACUAGCUGUGAUGUUUCCAUAAUAAGAACAAGAAAAAGAGAGUGUAAUAAUCCUGCUCCUCGUAAUGGGGGUAAGGCGUGCGAGGGCGAGAAAACACAAGAAGGACGCUGCUUUAUCUCUCUAUUUGAAGACAAGUAAGUCAAAUAUAUCAUAUUCUUUGAUGAAGGGCAUAACUAGAACUCACAGGGCUUGAUGCAAGAAUCAAAGAAAAGUGAUUUACGUAAUAAAGUGGACAUAAGUGUAAUUUUUUUAUUUGCUAAAAAAAUUAGAUUUUGUUUUUUGUUCAUUUUAAAUAAAAUAUAUUGUCUCAUCAAGCACUUUAAAAGAUGGCCGUCAAUGAUAAGGGCAGAUUGUGUUUUCUAGGCUUGGGCACAAAUCCCACGAACGAAUCAUAUGCUUGUUAAUCGCUGGCUGACCAAAUUGAUUUAUUCGUAAUUUUUCCGAACUAAUCUAUUUGUUUGUCCAGCCAUUAGCUGGACCAAAUCUAUGCAACUCUAUAGUUUUCUAACCUCGUACUGCAUAGAGAGUGACUUCAGCAAUGCAUUAGUCCCCAUAGAGCCCUGUUUAAAGGAUAUCAUGCAGUAUGGAAGACCCUGAUAUAAGGGAAAAGCUACGACAUGUCCUCUUCUACCUUAGUAGAGAUUAGUGGGACUUUUGCUCCCAGUAUUAACAUCAGCAGAGCAAUCAAAACAUCUCAGUGUUGAAUCCCAGUUAGAUCACUACAACAAUGAGUGACCUUGGGCAAGACACCAACAAUAUAUAUCCACCUAUCUCAAAUCCCAGUAGACUGUAAAUUCAUUUGAGCAGGGUCUUCAUUACCUCCCUCUAUAAUUGUAAAGUACUGCAGAAUAUGCUGGCGCUAUAUAAAUAAUAAUAAUUUCUUCCAGAUAAUAGAUAUCAUUUGCUUCUGCCGCCAUUUUAUUAUAAUCCCUAUCACAUUAGUGAACUAUAUGUAUUUAUUGAGAAAGGGUCCAAAUUAAUGGCAGGAGCAAUUGGGAGCCACUGCCAGGAGUGUUAUAUCAGACAGGUACAUUCAUGCCCUAAACCUAAGUCUUGUUUUAGCAAUAUCUCUAAUCUAACUCUAGCUCUCAUGCUAACCGCUAAAUAUUGUGUAAUAUUAAAGAUAAUUAACAGUGAAGGUUGUAUCAGGGGGAUAUAAUGACAUUUCUGGGUUCUGGAGUAAUUCAUAGUCUUCUUGAUCUUUGGUCUUGCAAAUAAACCUCUUUUUCUUCAGAGCAGCACUGUGUAUUAAUGAAAAUGAGGAAAAGAAGGAAAUAGACCAAGAACAACCAGAUCGUGACAGUGGAUGCCGUAAACCAGAUCCACCAGAACAUGGAUACAUCGUUGUAAGUUGUUGUUUCAUAUUGUUUUGUAUUGUGUCUUGUUCUAAACUAAAAUAAUGAAACAGUUCCAUGGACAUGAUGCAGCUUUGCAGAUGUUACAAAUGCUUAGAUUCUAUUUAUUACAAAAUUUAAUAUAUUACAAUCCUUUUUUUUUUUUUAUCUUGUUUUUAUUUAAAUUUUUAUGUUGAUUACAUCGGUCAUUAAAGAUAUGACCCAAAAAAAACAAUCAAAUACAUAGGAUACAGAAAAGAAAAACGGCGGGGGAGGGGAACAGACCAUAAAAUGUUUGCCAAUUGCAUGUAAAUUUAUAAACAAUAACAUCACAUGCAGUAUCAUUUAUCUCUCUUACGUAUAUUGCAAACCACUAUCUUGUCUACAGGAGUGGGGGGGGGGGGGGGGAAGAUUAAAAAGAUUUCUUUCUUUCCUUUCUCUUUUCCUUUUUAUAUUUUUAUUUUUUAUUUUUUUAAGGGCUAUGUAGCAAUAUUCAUCAUUGGUAUAUACUGAUCUCUUAUUUCCAACCACUGUUGCCAUCUUUGUUUAUAUAGAUCCUCUCUACCCUUAACUCGGCUUGCUAUUUUUUCAUAGAGGCUAAAAGAAUCAAAUCUGCUCAAGACCUCUGAUAUUGUUGGUGUUUGUGUUUGUUUAUGAGCAAUGGUAAUUUUUGUUGCUGUUAAGCAAUGAAUAAUCAUAUAUAUUGCUUCUUCCCUAAAUUGUAUAGGGAAUAUAUGGAGUAAAAAACAUUAUGGUCUGAAUGGAACAGUGACCUUCAGUGCUAUCCUAAAAAAAUUUUCUAUAUCCUCCCAUAGUUUAGUAAUGCUCGGGCAAAGCCAAAAGAUAUGAAGUAUAGACCCCUCGUGUUUUAAACAACGCCAGCAUAAGUUGCUCGUUCCUGAGUAAAUAUGUGCUAAUUUGGCUGGAGCCCAAUACCAUCGCAUAAUAACUUUGCAGUAAGUUUCCAAGUGAUCAAGACUACAGGAAACCUCUUUAGUUUUCCUUUGUGCCUGAAACCAAGUUGUUAGCGGGAAUGAUUCCCCUAAAUCACUUUCCUAUUUUAGAACAUAUUUCUGUUUCUUAGGUUCCCCCUGUGUUAGCAGAGUAUUAUAACAAAAAGACAAUGUUUUGCUGUUAGGUAAUUUCCUCGUGCAUUUUAGUGCAAACGAUGUUAGUGACUGUAUCUCUUUAAUUUUGUUUAUGUAUAGAAUAUUCCUAAUCCUUAGAUAUGUGAAUAUUUCUCUGGGUGUAGGGAGUACUCUUUAACCAGUUCGGGAAAUGAUUUGGCACCUGAGCCAUUAAGUAAUGACCUUAUAUGACAUAUACCUAGCUGUGUCCAAGGUUCCAACUGCAGGUCUGGAGUAAAAACAGUCAGAGUCUGCAGAGGUGCAACAAAUAAUAAAUCUUGUCCUACUGAAAGUUUGAGAAUUGACUCUCUCCAUAUAUGGAGAAGAGUUUUUGUGGUUGGGAACAACUCUGUUGCCUUAUUAGGUACUAUAUUCCCAGACCAUAGUGCGAACGAUAAUGAGCCUUGUAAAAAUCAUGCACUUUCUAGUGCCAGCCACAAUGGAGACCUUGAGCAAGUAGUGUAGCCUUAUAAUAAAUUUUGACAUUUGGAACACCUAAACCACCUUUAGCAAAUGGAGGCCAAAGCUGGUCUUGUGCGAUUCGUGGGGGUUUCCUUUUCCAGAUAUGCGCAUUGAUAAGUGCCUGGAACUUCCGAAGUAUGGUAUUUGGAAUGGUAAUUGGCAAUGUCCGAAAAAGAUAUAGGAUAUGGGGCAGAAUCAUCAUUUUUAUUGUUUGUAUACGACCCAACCAGGAUAUUUCUUUAUUUUCCCAUUUUUUGAGUUGGCGGUCUAAUUUAUAUAUUAAUGGUAGAUGGUUUUCUUUUAUUAUCAACGUUUGUGUUAUGGGAAGUUUGAUACCUAAAUAGGAUAUGGAUGUUUUGCGCCAGUCAAAUGGAUAUAAUGAUUUUAAGCGUUGUAUAGUAGCUGUUGAGAGCCCUAGUACCAAUGCCUGUGAUUUUUUUGAAUUAUUUUUAUAAUAUGACAAUUGGCCAUAUCUUUCAAGCAUGCUCAAUAAUUGAGGUAUUGAUGAUUCUGGGUCUGAUAAAAAUAAUAGGACAUCAUCUGCAAAAAGAGUGAUUUUUAGAUCCCCUAUUGGGGUAUUUAAACCUUUGAUUCCUUUCUGAGCUUUAAUAUGUCUUACAAGGGGUUCCAUGCACAAAAUGAAAAUCAGUGGGGAUAGUGGGCAUCCUUGUCUGGAUCCAUUUGUAAUAUAUUACAAUCUAAGCUUAAAGCAUACAUUUUGGUGGUGUGCAGGAGAAGAUCCAGGCUACUUGGGGAUGUAUAGACUGUGGGGGUUCCUAUGUGGGAAAUAUAUAUUUUUGUGUGUUUUCAUAUUUUGUUAUUUUAUGCUUAGGCAUGGUGACAUGGCAUUUUGGGGACAUUUUGUAGGCGAGUUUAUGGGAGUGUCAUGGUAGUGUCAUGGGUGUGUUUGCUGUGUCCCCGUAUUGUAUAAAAACAGGCCAUUGAGCCUCGAUUAAACAGAUUUGUUUUACCCUUCAUCAAGUCUAGGUUGAUGUUCCGGGACUUGGGAGCUAUAAUCACUACAUCACUUGGGGUUUGGGAGACUAACAGCGGGUAUACUCUGCCGGAGUAUAGGGGAUCCAUCACACAGACUUUUUUUCCAUGGUUUCAAUGUGGGUUACUUAAAUAAUUCUGGAUUUGGUAUUUGCAGGAUGAAAAGAAUUGGUAUUCUAUAGCUGAUGAGGCUGAAAUAGUCUGUCUAGCGGGAUAUGAACUUUCUGGGUACCAGUUCCUACGGUGUCUUCCAGAUGGCACCUGGAAGCAAGAGGCUGUUGAGUGUAAAAGUAAGUGUUUAUUUUAAGUCUCUCUCUUCCAUUUAUAUGAUAAGGCUCUUUUUUUCAGCAACUUCUUUAUUUUUAGUCUAUAUUAUACUAAGGAAGAUGCAACUAGGGACAACUUGGGGAAUCUUGGAACUGUUCUACAAUUAGUAAGUUCACCCUAUUCUCACCAGGAGUGGCCAAAGUUAUUAAUAUCCUGGGAAAGCUAUGACUAUAAGCACCAUAUAAACACCAUAUAACAAACUGACUAUGUAGAAACUUAGUACGUAAACGCAACUACUGUAUAGGUUUGGUAAGUUGCUCAGUUGAGUCUGUAAAAUAGAAUAAACAGUAAAUUUGCUCAAUUCUGGCAGCAAAGUAGAGUCUGAGUGAACUCAAUCACGAGCCUGUGCAGUCUGUCUUAAUUAUCCAUCUCAUGUUAAUAAAGCUUAAAGGGUUAUAACAAGAACCAUAACCACUUCAGUGAUUUGAUAUUGUCAUGGUGCCUAGAGCCGGUAGUUGUUAUGACGCUUGGAAUGACCCUUUAAUGAAGUGAAUAUUUUAAGAUAUUUCUGAUGUAACCAUUACCACUGCUCUUUUAGUAGUGGUAGUUUUGCAUCCCAUGCUUAUUUAGGCGCAAAGAAAAGAAAAUGACUGAUAUAACUAUUUUAAGUUGUAUAUUUGCAAAUGAACAAUAAAGUUUGUUUUUAUCAGCAAGAUUUUAACGUUUGUGAGUUUUAAGCAACAAGGUCGCGCGACUGGGAAAUAUUUCUUCAUUGUGUAAAAAAACCGGGUUGUCUUGCCAUCUGACUCUAAAUAAUGAUAAUAAAUUACAGGUCAAAGAAUUUGUGGAGAGAGUAUUUUUAUAAAGUAGAUGUGGCAUGAAUGUCGACUUGCAAAGUAUGCCAAAAGUGGACCCAGUUGAACAGGGAAUGAACCUACUUUACCUUAUGGCUCUCUUAUUUAGGAAUUAAAAAACAAUUAUGAUUCGUUGAUGUCUUCUUUUUUUCUAUUUCAGGAGCGAUGUGCUCAAGACCAUUAGCAUCCGAAGACAUCACAAUAUUCCAGUAUAAAAAAGAAUAUAAAGUCGGGGAAACUAUUCAGAUAUCCUGCCCUCAAGAUUUGGUUGUAACGGGUCAAAACAUCUACAGAUGUGGAAGUGAUUUCACGUGGGAUCCUCCUAUAUUGCAUGAACUUGCUUGCGAGAAAGGUUAGAUUUUGAAGGAUUUUUUAAAAUAAUUGAUUAUGUGCAUUAAGAUUUUUGCAGUAUAUUAUCCAUACAAUAUCUAAUUGAGAAUGUAAAAACUUAAAAAAAUAUUUUUUACAAAUAAUAAGCACAUGUAAAACUAAUUGGAAACUCCUCCUUCUGUAUUGUGAUUGGAUGAAAUUAGAGUGGUUUGUGAUUGGAUGGACUGUAAUGGUUAUUAAUUAUUAAAAUGGUAAUAAAAUGUGCUAGAGCUGUCAAGAAAUGUAUUUUUUUGUCUCCCAAGUAGUUUUCCGUUCCUAAAAGAUCGUACUUACAUCAGUGCCAAAUGUUUCUCUUGUGAUCUUGAUGCACCUCGUUUUGUCCAUUUCUAUAUUGUUUGGGCAAUGUUGCACAUAACAUCACAGGGUACACAAAGAAGCAAACAGUCACUCUCUAAAAGCGUUGCUACUGUGCUGGAGUGACUUUCAAAACUAUAAUUAUAAUGUGACUUUGUGAGACUUGCUUUGAGAGAUUUCUCUGUGGUAGAUAUGUAGGUUCAGAUGUGAUGGUUUACCAAAUUGUGUAUUUUUCUACUCCAGAACCAGCUAAGGUAUUUCAAGGAAACUGUGAUCCAGGCCAAAAGCAAGUGGGAUCGGAAUGUGUCUGCGUGUCCCCAGAGCAAGAUUGUCGGUAAGGCGUUAAUGUAUAGCUGAUGGAAAUCACAGGUAGUAACAUAGUAACAAAGCCCCAUGAAAAUGGGAACAAUAUAUCCUCAUCCCCACCACCAGACACUCUUUUAAUGGUUUUUGAUAGUACAGAUCACGCUGUCAUCACCUCCAUAAAUUGAAGACUGACUUUAAAUUACUGAGUUGCAGUAGAUUGACUUUAAAAAUAUCAACUUGGAAAGUUGAGUUUAAAAAAGGUCUCCUCAAAAUAGGGAGAUGUUAUAUUGAUAUUGUAUUGUGAUCAUAUGACUGGAAUGCCAUUCAACCCAUGCAGAAAAAAAAAUUGCAUUGAAAAGGACACGUUUUGUAUGAAUGGGUACAAGAUUUAUGGUUAGGGGUGUUUGAAGGAACACUCAAAUCAUCUUUAGCUUGUUGAAGUGCUUUAUGUGUGAAGAGUGAGACCUAUUUUUUUUCUUUUUUGAGUUUUAUAAACAUUGCAGAUUUCAAUAGAAAUUGUCACUUUUAUAAAUUAUCCUUGUUACACCCCUCUGGCUGAAAGUAGGAGCACCGGUCCUGUUACUUCCUGAUUCUUUUCCUCAGUGGAGCUAAACUCAAGAGGAAGACAAUUGUCCAGAGCACCUGUCUUGCAAAGAUUUCUCAUUGAGCUCCAUUGGGAAGUCUGUGAUUGGACAGUCACAGAAAGUUUGGGCUAGUGAAGAAGGAGAAGGCUUGCAAAGGCUUUAGAUAAGAGAUCUGCAGCUUUUAAAAUCUGGUUUAGAUAUAUCUAGUGAAAUACCCGAUUGUUACUGUUAUAUAUACAGUUAGUUUUGUUAAUAUUUUAGAUGAUUGAAUUUGAUUAUUUACGUCCAGAAAAAAAACCCAGUAAUGCUGUAAAAUGUUUUGAGAUAUGGUCCUGAAACAUUAAAUCUCUGAUCUCUCCUUUUAUUUGAUUAGGUAUGACAAAGAACAUCUGUGCAUAUAUGAUGAAAAUGCUGAUAGUGGCGUCACUAUGUCACUCUGUCAGUACCUGGCCGAGAAGUGCUUGGGAACUAAACAACUUGUUUUCUUGAAUAAUGGGCCGUGCAGGAAUGUCAACCUAAACUGGGUCCGUGAUAGACUGACCAUGUCUGUGAGCAGUGUAAAGAAAGAACCUUGCGGACAUGAUUUCUGCUAUGACUGGGAAAGAUGCGCAGGUAACAUCAAGGGCUAACUUGAUUAAUAUGUCAGCUAUUAACUAGUCUAACCUCUGAAUUAAAUACACAAUGAAUUAAGAUGUUGACUUUGACUCAUUCUGGCACAGUUCACAUCUAGUUCACAAACCACAUGGAUAAAUGUUGAUAGUUGUUGCUGUGAAUAUUCCAUGUUAAUGCAAUUUAUCAACUUAUAAAUCUUGGUAAAGACACUGCUGUUGAAGAUUUACCUUUCUGAGCCAGAGGCUGCACCCUGCCACUUACUUACUUUUUUUACCUGCUGUCUCCCGGUUUAAAAUCAGAUAAGCUUUUCAGAUGAUUUAAUAUUUUUGGAUAAACCUUUCAAAUUAAAAUUUUCAAAAUAUUAAAAUAAAAAAAAAUACCAUAUGAUAUGUUGAUAUUAAAAUAUCAACUUAUUAUGAUAUUAAAAUAUUUUUCAAACUAUUACAUCAUUUUAUAAGUUUAUACAGAAAUGUUAGAUCAUUUGAAAAGCGUAUCCAACAAUAUUAAAUUAAGGCCCAGGUAGACCGUAUCAGUAUUCCUGCUUUUUCGAGACAGAUUUCCUAGGGACAUUAAGGAUCAUGAUUUCUAUCAAUACCGGUUUAUUUUAAUCAAAACUUCAACAGCACAGUUAUUCGGUAGAUAUUUUGUUGUUUGUUAAAACAUAUACAGUACAGUGCCCACAAUAUAAUAUGAUUAUAGAAUUUGUGUCUGUAUUCAUUUCAUUAAUGUAUCAGUCUGUGAUUCUAUGACACUGAUAUUUUUUAUACUCUGCAGGUUCUGAAUGUUCAUGUAUUAACCCGAGUCAGUGUCCAGAGAAUGAUGCCCAGUUAUAUUGCGUCACAGUUGGAACUUCUGGAAAGCAAAGAACCGUUAAUCACUGCGCAUUAGCAACCAUAAAAUGUAGAAAUAUGAAAAUGGAAAUUCUUUAUAAUGGAGAAUGUACUUCGUAAAAAGGUCACAGUGAAUUAAUACUUAUUCAUACACACAUCCACAGAAAAAGUCAUGUAAUCCUGUCUGAUGAAAAAUGCUAACGUUUUAUAUUUACACUAGCUUUUUGUGGUCAUUAAUUGUAUUCAUAGUCUAAAGAGUUAUGUGAGGAUAACAUCCUGUAUUAAAUCAUCUUUCUGAUAUGUCAACAAUAUUCUACAAUUUUGCUAUAUACUUCAAGCAAUAAACAUUUUUAUAGUAACUAGUUCCAGAUUGUAUUUCUCUGUGUAAUAUACAUAUCAUGGCUCCGUACAUAUUAAAAUUGUUCUUACAUCUUAAUUUUUAAAAUUAUUCACUGUAAAUCAUUAAACACAGAUUAAUACUGUUAUGAUGUGCAACAAUACCGCUUAGUUUGUAACCCUCAAAGACUUACUGCUACUGAAAGCCAAUCAGAACCUGUUAUUUUUUCAAUUGAACUGAUUGUCUCCCAACUUACACUGUGCAGAGGAGAGUAAAAUGCAUGGAACGCCUCGUACUGCAGAAUAUUCUCAAUGCCCAAAGGAAAUCCAGAAAUAUAAUAGUAUAGUUUUGUACAGCAGAGUUAACAUUGUUGAAGGCAAUAUUUUAAAGUGCUCUAUGCAGUGGCAUACAUACGGGGGUCGCAGGGGUCGCGGCUGCGACCGGGCCCGGCCCACCAGGGUAUGUACCCAGAGUGGCCAGCCUCAGCUCCUGGGUGGCCCAGGAGCUGGCCACCUUAGGGCCCCCCGAGGCUGGCCCUGCUGUUACCUGGCGGGCAGGCGCGCGCGCGAAGGAGCACUCUCCCCUGAGUGCUUCCUCUUCACCUCCCUCGCGCACCACACUGAUACCCGAACUGGAAGAUGACGUCAGCUUCCAGCUCCGGCAUCAGUACGCAGCACGCGAGGGAGCUGAACAGGAAGCAUUCAGGGGAGAGUGCUCCCUCACGUGCGCGCCAGCCUGCCCGCUGGGUGACACCACUGGACCCCAGGGAAUCCCCUCAGCUCUCCCACAGGUAAGGAGGCUGGGGGAUUACAUUUUUUUUAAAAACGUGUGUGUGUGUUAGUGUUUGAGUGUGUUAGUGUUAGAGUGUAUGUGUGUGUUAGUGUGUGUAUGUGUUAGAGUGUGUGUGUGUGUUAAUGUUAGAGUGUGUGUUAGUGUUAGUUUUUGUGUUUGUGUGUGUCAGUGAGUGUGUUACUGAGUGUGUUAGUUUGUGUGCGUCUGUUAGUGGAACUCCAUUCCUUCCUUGCUUCCUCCUAUGCCCGCCUCCUAACCCCUGUCAAGGCCUUUUUUCGCUUAGCUGCGCUUUGGCUACAUGGGGCUACAUUACGUACCACAGGUAAAAACUGUUUGAUUAUUUAUAUUUGUAGUGGUUAUGGUGUUUGGAGUGUCCCUUUAAUUAGUUUACCUUGUAUCAUGAAUACUGUGUUUUAUCAAUAAAGAUGCAUUAAAAAUAUGAAAAGACAAAAACAUUUUAUUGGUUGGCAAAAAGAAAAAAAAUUACAAUUUAGUUUAAGAUGAGAAUCACAUGGCUUGACACACUGAAUUAGUGAGCUCUUACAAACUGUAAUGUUUUUAAGGAUGAAAGAAUCCUUGAACUGUUGAAAUGCUGAGUUGAUUUGACAUGCUUUGUAGCAGUUUGGAUAAAUGAAGCAUGCAGCACUGUGAUUUUUCUAUGUAUCACAAGGACUUAUGCUGACAAUUGCGACAUUCACCCCUUGGCACUUAAGGACUCCUGCCUCGCAUUCAGUCAGGGUUUGCGUUGUGCCAUCUACUUCAACACAAAUGCUGAUGCAUGUUCGUCGUUCAUCUAGACAGUGAAGGAAUACAAUAUAUUAAUGGGAAAGUCAUAUUGAAGGCAUAGUGAAACAGCAAAUGAUUAGACAAUAUCAAUAUUUUUC